AUGCUCAUCGCACUGUCACGGUCACGUUCUUCCGUUCGACGGCGGUCUUCUGCCUCGACCACAAGAUCUGCUGAUGGGUUGGCUGACACGCCGAUCGAGAUCAAUCCAGCCAGUCAUACACCCGCGACUCGUCCGGCUCCGUCAAGACGUGAUACUCGUACUUCAUCGUCCGACUCCAGGUCGCCGCCCAUCGCUGCGACACCUACGACCGCAGAGCUACCCAGGGCGUCCGACGAGUCCGAUGGGUCGGUGAGGGUACCAAGCUACGAUCAUGCUUCAGUGAACAAGCUCUUAUCCCCGACCGCCUUCAAGGCUUUACCCCCGCCCGUGCGUUCCUCGCGCGAUAAGUGGAUACCUGGGUAUCGCACUCGUGAAACUUAUGCCCCUGGCCAGUUUUCGCCGUGGUCGUCUCAUCGCUUGGGCUUGUUCACUGUAGUUCACAUUGACUUGGAUCUCUUGUUCCACCACUACUCCCGGCCCAAGCACUACCUGUUCCCCGUUCCGGACGGUUCCCUGCGUCCGCCAACUGAAGGUCAGUGGUCCCCGCGGCUAGUGACCUCCGCCCAGAUUGCUGCUUUAUACAGCCAGAGACCUUGGGAUGUCUUGGAUCGGCCUAUUGCACCUGUGUCAUUCCGCCCGACUGACUAG